AUGGUUGCCGCACGUCUACAUCAGCAGUUCUUGGUCAAAAUAUGUAUCAGACCUUGUGGCGUUAGACAAAGAUCUGGCUUAAAGGGAAGUCUGGCGGGUGCUCCUAAUGCAUGCCUGAUGCCACCUGUGUUACAGGACAUGUACACAGUUCUAGGCAAUACCAUUUCAAGUAAGGCUGAUUCAAUCAGAGUGGUGUAUGGCAGCGAUUCUUGUUCUGGACGAGUGGAGGUUCUCUAUAAUGGAGUAUGGGGAACAGUGUGUGAUGAUUACUGGGAUCUAUCAGACGCUGCAGUGGUGUGUAGAGAGAUGGGCUGUGGAGAUGUUAUAGAGGCAAAAAGUGUUGCUUAUUUUGGGCAAGGUUCAGGACAAAUAUGGAUGGAUAAUGUGAACUGUUUAGGGACUGAGUCUACUCUAAAGAGCUGCACAUUUAAUGGAUGGGGAAUACACAACUGUCAUCAUUAUGAGGACGCUGGAGUCAUCUGUCAGUGUGAGUCAUUAGCCCUUGUUAGGCUCGUAAAUGCUAUCAACAUUUGUUCGGGACGAGUGGAGGUUCUUCAUGAUGGUCAGUGGGGAACAGUGUGUGAUAAUGGCUGGGAUCUAUCAGAUGCUGCAGUGGUGUGUAGAGAGAUGGGCUGUGGAGAUGUUAUAGAAGCACAAAGUGGUGCUUAUUUUGGACAAGGUUCAGGAUCAAUAUGGAUGGAUGAUGUACAAUGUACAGGGAGUGAACCUACACUGAAAAACUGUUCAUCAAUGGGAUGGGGUGUACACAACUGUGGGCAUCAACAAGAUGCUGGAGUCAUCUGUCAAUCUGUCAAGUUGGUGAAUGGUGACAACUUUUGCUCAGGAAGAGUGGAGGUUCGCCAUAAUGGGACAUGGGGAACAGUGUGUGAUAAUGGCUGGGAUGUAUCAGAUGCUGCAGUGGUGUGUAGAGAGAUGGGCUGUGGAGUUGUUAUAGAAGCAAAAAGUGAUGCAUAUUUUGGACAAGGUUCAGGAUCCAUAUGGAUGGAUGAUGUACAAUGUUCAGGGAGUGAAUCUACAUUGAAAAACUGUUCAUCAAUGGGAUGGGGUGUACACAACUGUGGGCAUCAACAAGAUGCUGGAGUCAUCUGUCAAUCUUCUGUCAGGCUUGUAAAUGGCAGCAACUCUUGCUCUGGAAGAGUGGAGGUUCUACAUGAUGGUCAGUGGGGAACAGUGUGUGAUGAUGGCUGGGAUCUAUCAGAUGCUGCAGUGGUAUGUAGAGAGAUGGGCUGUGGAGAUGUUAUAGAGGCAAAGACUGGUGCUUAUUUUGGACAAGGUUCAGGGCCAGUAUGGAUGAGUGAUAUACAGUGUUCUAACUCUGAAUUUUCGCUAAGAAACUGUAUUUUAAAAGGAUGGGGAAAAAGCAGCUGUGGACAUGGGAAGGAUGCUGGAGUCAUCUGUCAGUAUCCUGUUAGGCUGGUCAACGGCAUCAACUCUUGUUCUGGGCGAUUGGAGGUUCUCUAUGAUGGAGUAUGGGGAACAGUGUGUGAUGAUGACUGGGAUCUAUCAGAUGCUGCAUUGGUGUGUAGAGAGAUAGGGUGUAAAGAUGCUUUGGAAGCAAAGACUGGCGCUUAUUUCGGACAAGGUUCAGGAUCAAUAUGGAUGAACAAUGUAAAGUGUGCUGGGAAUGAGUCUACAUUGAUGAGCUGUCCAUAUGACUCAAGUUCACUCAGCUGUGGCCAUGUGAAAGAUGCUGGAGUCAUCUGCGGAUAUGUUACAGUUCUGCUGAGGACUGAGAUGGAGGCUAGCUCUGGAGUCGACCCAAAUGAUCCUGCAAUCAUGAAUAAACUUCUGGAAGAGGUGAAAGCAGUGGGAACGAUGAGGGGGAAGCUACCAGCAAAUGGGACUUUCACCCUUCACUGGAAAACCCAGAAUAAUGGAAAAGUCUUCCAGAAGAAAACAGAAAGGGUACCCUGA